AUGAAGUACUUGAAAAUUCAUGAUUUGUUGAGAGACCUUUGCUUGAGAGAAGCUGAAAAGGAGAGGUUUUAUCAUGUGGUAGGGCGACAUAGUCCUCAAGGCAUGUGUAGCCAACGUCGUAUAGUUAUUCCGAUAAACACUUCCAAGAAGGAAGUCCUUGAUGCAAUGAAAUCUACACCAUAUGCUCGUUCCUAUAUAAGUGAUCGUGAAAGUGUUCCACUGUUACCUAAUUUAAAAUUGUUGAGGAUAUUGAAAGUAGAUUCCUAUGAAGAUUAUGCGAAAUCCCUUGGAAAAAUGGUAAAUUUGCGGCUUGUUGAUGUUAAUGAGGUUCGUUCUCAAUUCAGUCCCCCAUGGAGUCUACAGACAUUAAUUGCUCCUUAUCAUAAUGGAACUUUUGAAAUUCGGACCACGCCUCAACUUAGGCAUGUUCAUGUCGGGAAUGGAGAAUUGCACCUCCAAGAUCAUCUGAGUGACAACAUUGUCAUCAUGGAGAAUCUACAAAUCCUCAAAAGAGUAAAGAAUUUCAAGUGUGAUGAGACGAUGGUCCGUAGACUUCCCAAUAUCAAGAAAUUGUUACUGAUUUAUGACGGAACUGAGUCUCGUGAUGAUGAAUAUUGUGUCCACAACAUCGGACGUCUGCAAAAGCUGGAAUCUCUUAGAUGCUAUUGUUAUCCAAGCGAUAGAUUUUUGCGAAAGCUUACCUUUCCACACUCUCUUAAGAGCCUAACUCUUGAAAUGGGUAGGGGCAGGGGUAAGGGUAAGGGUAGAAUGAAAUACAUAUUGGAAAAAAUAAGUACAUUGCCCCUUCUUCAAAAGCUCAAGUUGUCAGGUGGAUAUUUCUCAACAGGCAAAUGGGAAACAGUUGAAGGCCAGUUCCCCAGUCUCAAAUAUUUGUCACUUCGUAUUUGUUACGGAUUGGAAUGCUGGACGAUGGAGAGCUCAUCCCACUUCCCAUGUCUUGAGCACCUUCAUCUUUCUUUUCUGGUUGAUUUGAAGGAGAUUCCAGCAGAACUUGGUGAAAUUCCGACCCUGAAAUUAGUGGAGUUGAAUGGGUGCACAGAAUCAGCGGUGAAGAGUGCAAAGAGAAUGGUAGAGGAACAAGAGGAAUUACAAGGAGAAGAACAACUAUCCUUUAAAGUUACAGUUUGGUACUGGGAUGAGACCGAAGAGAUGCAGAGCUUGGCAAAUCCGAACUUUCAAGUAACCCCUCAUAAAAAGAAGGGCUCUUAUAAGUAUGAAGUUAAGAAUGAUAUCUGUCUUGAAUCAUGGCGUUUUCUACUUUGCUGA